CGCAAUCGCCCGUUUGAAAACAGAUUCCGUUCAAUCCCCGAACCGAGCAUGAAAUCGAUUGGACUCGCCUCAGCCGUGCUGCUUCUCUGCUGCCUUCUGGCUGUGGUCAACGCCACUCCGGGCAAGGUGUACAUUAAUGGGAAGUGCAUUGAUUGCAAUCGACCAGAUGGCGAUGAGUCUAUCGUUAUUCCCGAGGAAACCAGGGCGGGGGCAGUGUCGUUCGCCCUAACUUCUGGAGCCAUGCUGUUUGGAGUUCUAUAUCAUCUUUUGAGCUAGUUUUAUGUGUAGUAAAAUGAAUAAAAAUUAAAAUAAUUGACUGGUA